AUUGAUGAGUGCCUGAGUGCCGCCUGCGAGGGUCCCUGUGUCAACACCGAGGGUGGCUUCGUCUGCGAGUGCGGCCCGGGCAUGCAGCUCUCCACUGAUCGCCACAGCUGCCAGGAUACGGAUGAGUGCCUGGCCACACCGUGCCAGCACCGCUGCAAGAACAGCAUCGGCAGGUGCCGCGCGCGGGGCGGCCGCCGAGCCUGCCAGCACACAUGCCACAACACGCCAGGCAGCUACCUCUGCUCCUGCCGCCCUGGGUACCGGCUCAGUGGGGACAGAGUCUCCUGCGAAGGCUAUCCCAAAUCCAUCCUGGCCCCGUCACCCAUCCUCCAGUCCCUGCAACAUCCACCCACCCUCGUCCUGCUCCCUCCUGGCUCUGGGGGACCCCUCCUUGGAAGUCGAGUGCUGUGCGACGCUGUGAGCUGCCCCGUGCCCUGCUCCCACCCGCUGCCCACCCCGGCCGGGGGCUGCUGCCCCAGCUGCACAGGGUGCCUGCAUGACGGGGUGGCCCGCGCCGAGGGUGAUGUCUUCUCCCCAUCCGAUGGGAACUGCACCGUCUGUGUCUGCCUGGGGGGUAACAUCUCCUGCAUCUCCCCUGAGUGCCCCCCAGGCUCCUGCCCCAGCUCCUCACCCCCCGACUGCUGCUCCUGCCAGCCAGCAAAGUGCACUUUUCGGGGUCACACGUACCCUCAUGGUGCCCGGUUCAGCCUGGAUGGGGAUGACUGCACCACCUGUGUCUGCCGGGGCGGCGAGGUGGAGUGCUCUUUUACCCCCUGUCCCGUCCUGGACUGCCCACAGCACCAGCGGCACCUGGGCCCCGGGCAAUGCUGCUUCACCUGCCGGGACCCUCCAUCCCCCGCCGGUUGCUUCAUGGAUGACAACGGGGUGGAAUUUCCCAUCGGACAGAUCUGGUCCCCUGGCGAUCCCUGUGAGUUAUGCAUCUGCCAGGCAGACGGCUCAGUGACCUGCAAGAGGACGGACUGCGUGGAGACCUGUCCCUACCCUAUCCGCAUCCCUGGCCAGUGCUGCCCUGACUGCUCGGCAGGCUGCACCUACAUGGGAAGGAUCUUCUAUAACAACGAGACCUUCCCCUCCAUCUUGGACCCCUGUCUCAGCUGCAUCUGCCUGCUGGGCUCAGUGGCCUGUUCGCCCGUAGACUGUGCCAUCUUCUGCACCUACCCCUUCCACCCCGAGGGCGAGUGCUGCUGGCUCCGCACAGAUUGCAACUACCAGGGCAGGAAGGUGGUGAACGGUCAGAGCUUCGUCCCCGAGGGACAGCCUUGCACCCGCUGCACCUGCCAG